AUGUUACUAAAGAAAUGUGAUCAUUUUGACAACCACAUGCUGAAAAUUGAAUGCGACCGUCGUCUGCUAUGUCUGCCAUUAGCUACGUCAACAUGCAAAACGUUUUGCUCUCUUGAUUUUUUAAGUUUUCCCGUGGUUCUGUGCAUCUAUAGUAACAAGGCAUAUAAGAACAAUUUUCCUGGUAGUCGCCUCAGCUGUCGCCUUUGCCAUCGUCUCGUCGCCGUCUUCGCCUCGCCAUCGCCAUCGCCUUCGUCUUCGCCAUCGCCAUCGUCUUCGCCAUCGCCAUCGUCUUCGCCAUCGCCAUCGUCUUCGCUAUCGCCAUCGCCUUCGCCAUCGCCAUCGCCUUCGCCAUCGUCUUCGCCAUCAUCUUCGCCAUCAUCUUCGCCAUCAUCUUCGCCAUCAUCUUCGCCUUCGCCAUCAUCUUCGCCUUCGCCAUCAUCUUCGCCAUCGCCAUCAUCUUCGCCAUCGCCAUCAUCUUCGCCAUCGCCAUCAUCUUCGCCAUCGCCAUCAUCUUCGCCAUCGCCAUCAUCUUCGCCAUCGCCAUCAUCUUCGCCAUCGCCAUCAUCUUCGCCAUCGCCAUCGUCUUCGCCAUCGCCGUCGUCAUCGCCAUCGCCAUCGUCUCAUCAAAGCCUUCGCCGUUAUCUCAUCGCCGUCUUCCCCGUCGCCACUCAUGGAAAAAUCGACCGAUAAAGGAUGUAGCUCAGCAGACAGCUUGCGGCUAUGGCGGCGUUCAUCGUGGAUCGUCAUCUUGGUAUUUUAUUUUGUAGUGUAUUGUGUGUGUAGUAUUUAAGUUAACCCAUUGGCUGCCACCCCGCUUGUGUCCCAUUUUUUUUGUAGCUUUAGGGAACCGUGGCGCUGUUCUGCCUCAUGGUUUCUAUACCAUGGGGUGGGACAGUCGCCAAUGCGCCUAAAGGCACAAGGCCUUGUGUCUUUAGGCGCAUAGUAGGCAAUGCACCAGCAGGGCCUCUCCUUGUCGGUACAGUGAUAGUUUACCUGGGGUGUGCAUUCCCGGAAAGGUUUCUAUCACUGUGCCAGCCCGGACUUUGUCUUCUGACAAAGUCCCACUUGGUGGCGAUCCUUACGACGCCACGCGUAGCUACUGUAGUUUACGCAACUAAAGGUUGCAUGGCCUGGCAGCCAAUGGGUUAACUUAGUUAAGU